AGAGACCUUCAUUGACUCGCAGCUUCCCGAGUAAAUGAGGAUUUACAGGGCCCAGGAUGCAUCAUCACGUCUAACCCUGAAGCAGCAUUUCCUACACAAAGCCACCGGUGAAGCCUCCAGAAGCAGAGCAGGUUGGGCCGUGUACCCUUGGCAAAACGGCAGGCGAGCUCUAUACCGCAAAUUAGGUACAAGAGGGAAACCCAUGGCUGGAGCAGCAGCUUCACAGCCAGGGACAAUCAGAGAGCAGAGGGGACAGCAGGCCUGGCAGCUCUUCCCUUGCAAUCAGCCCCAGCCAGCUGGGCCCAAUUUCCCCAUCAAUCAGCAGCAAUUAACACCAGCUCUCCAAGACGAGAUAAAGGCAGGGCUGGGAGCUGUUCCUAGAACUGACUUCUUUGCAGGUGCACCCAUGGAGGGCUUUGUCUACCCACCAUUCAGCACCUACCAGAGCUUUAGGGGUGGCCUGACACCGGGCCGUGGUGGGGACCCAGUGCUGAAGCAGCCCAGCUGGAAGCAAAGCAAGAGCACCGGGCUUGGUCCCUUCUUCGGGGGGCCCCCGACCCCGCUGCCCUCUGAAUACCUGGACAGCUACCGCCGGGCCCACCUGAAGGCCCUGCUGUCACAGGUGAGCCCAGGGCUGACCCCACGGCUCCGCCGGGCCAACACCAGGGAGAUUGGGGUGCAGGUGAACCCCCGGGCCGAUGCUGCUGUGCAGUGCUCGCUUGGGCCUCGCACGCUGCCCACUGGCCGCCCCCUCAGCCCUGCUGGCCUCCGUGCCCGUGGGCACAUGGCUCUCUAUUCACCUGUGCUGGACCGCCGCCUCUUCACCCUGCCCGAGUCUGCGGGGUCCCAUGAGAAGCAUGAGGUAGCUGCGGUUGCCCCUGAGGAGCAGAAGGCAGAGGAUGGUGGCAGGGAGCAGCAGGACGGCCAGGCAGCUCCACCGACCGAGGGGCAGUCAAAGGCGCCACGGGAAGAGGCUGCAGCCCCUGGUCGCCGGGCGGCCUUCCAGUUCUUGGAGCAGAAGUACGGCUAUUUCCACUGUAAAGACUGCAAGACCAGAUGGGAGAGUGCUUAUGUGUGGUGCAUUUCUGGAAGUAACAAGGUGUACUUCAAACAGUUCUGUCGCAAAUGCCAAAAGGCCUUCAAUCCCUAUCGUGUGGAAGCAAUCCAGUGCCAGACCUGUUCGAAGACUCGUUGCUCCUGCCCUCAGAAGAAAAGGCACAUUGAUCUCAAGAGACCUCAUCGCCAAGAACUGUGUGGCCGCUGCAGAGGCAAGAGGCUGUCCUGUGAUAACACUUACAGCUUCAAAUACAUUGUCUGAUCUGUGUGCCCUAUUUUGCACUUGCACUUUGUCAGUCUCCUUGCAAUGUUUUGACCUUAGGCUUUUGACCUGGCAUUGGACAAUGGAUAAGGACUUUUGUAUUUAUAAAAUAUUUAACUAUUAUAUAUGUUAAUUAAAUUCAAUAAAAGUUUGCACUAGUUUAUUACCCAUUAGUUUCCUCUUGCUGUAAUGAAAGAAGUAUGUAUGUAAGGAAAUGGAACCUGUUCACUCAAAGAAAAUAGGCUUUGCUUUCAGUCUACUUUUAGAUAACUUCUCCCUUCACUCAAACUGAACUAGUGUGGAAGAUGCAAAUGAUGCUCUGAUGCAUAAAGUCUGUGGUAAAUGUAUUUGCAUGUGUUUGUUAGAGCUCAUACUGCUAUCUUCCCUGCCACAUGUAUAUUUAAAAAUCAAACACCAGUUUGUUUAUUCUGGCAUUUGGUCUUUGAUUCAUGUCUGUAAGGUAGGAGGGAGAAGUGUAAGCUAACAUCUCAAGCCUUUUGAGCUGAGUUACCUGGGAUGUAGUAUAAUAAAUUCAGUAGAGGUGAU